CGCGAUGUUGACGUUCCCUCCUACUUCGCCAACCCUUUCACCGCCAUCUCCACUCCUCGAAAUUGCAUUCAGUUCUUCGUUAUGGAUGUGGAGGAGGAAGUCGACCACAAAUCCAGUGCCCCACCCUCCCUGUACUCUUCCACGACCUCUCUCGCAACACGCGACGGCCUGAGUAUGCGGGUGAAGCCCGUAGGUGUCUGGGUGGUUCCCAGCAACCACCUGGGUGCAGAUUCGGCAGAUGGAGAUUUGGACCUACGGAACGCCAACGUCAACAACGCAGACUUCGACAAAAUACCGGAGGCCAAGCGACCGGAUGUAAUCCUCAUAAAACGCCUGCACACAACUUCCGACUCGCCUAAACCAACGAAAAGGAAGCGCAGAACGACGACUUCAGAGACAGCCUCGAAUGCGCCCACCGCUAGCGAGCUGGGAGAUAUCGAGGAGGGAAGCAGUGGGGAGGACGAGGACAUGGCGGAUGAUGUGGAGUACUAUGACGCAGAAUCAGGUGUGUUAAGCCUCUACACCCUCCGUAUCAUGUUAUGCUCUAAGUUUGCUGUAGUUUUUUAA